AUGCCACAGUUUGAUACUUCCAGUGUACUUGCCAAUGCUUCUAAGGGAACACCUAAAAUUACUAGUUUUUGGGGUAGCGCUGGUGAUUCUUUUGUGUUGUCUAAAUUUUCAGCACCAAAUAUUUGUGUCAGUGAAUUUACUAGAAGUUCUUCUUAUCACCUACACUACCUGAUUUUUGUCGAAAAUUUAAUGCUUUGUGAAAGAAUUGUACAACUUCAAGAUGAUCUUAUUAAGAAUGGAAAAAUGCUAAUGGCCUUCGAAUAUAACAGACAGCAUGCUGUCUAUGAAUAUCUUAUACAGAUAAAUGAUGAUAAUGAGAAAAUGAAAGCUACCAAAUUUUACUUGAAUCACCAAUCAUUUCCAGUUUCAUAUCGUGGAAAACACCAUAAAUAUCAUCGACUUGUUGAUGAUGAAGAUAUUGCAUUGAGCUUGCAACAAUGGAACCCGGAAAACUAUCAGCAUAAGAACUGCUGA